AAACUGGGUGGACGUGUACAUAGUAACGGUAGAGCCUGUCAGAAUAACACCGUUCAGUUUGUGAGCCGGGAGGCCGACUGUAACUGUUAUGCUCACUGACGUUAGCAGGCACUCAGCAGGCUAAUACGUGAGCUAAGGAUGCUAACCUGGAUAAGUGAGAGGUUAAGGGAUGAACAGUCGAGGAUAAGACAACCACCUUCACCUUAACUACAAACAGCAGCCCCACACCUGACAAGACAGACCCCGCUUCGGAACUAACAACCCGCGAGUAAACAGCUGACGUUAGCCAGCCCAGUCACGAGCCACGAUGGCCACCGCCCCGUACAAUUACUCCUACAUCUUCAAAUACAUCAUCAUCGGUGACAUGGGGGUAGGGAAGUCAUGUUUGCUCCAUCAGUUCACAGAGAAGAAAUUCAUGGCGGACUGCCCUCACACCAUUGGCGUUGAGUUCGGGACGCGGAUCAUGGAGGUGAGCGGGCAGAAGAUCAAGCUCCAGAUCUGGGACACGGCAGGCCAGGAGCGCUUCAGGGCCGUCACGCGCUCUUACUACCGGGGGGCCGCCGGAGCUCUCAUGGUCUACGACAUCACCAGGAGAAGCACCUACAACCAUCUCAGCAGCUGGCUGACUGACGCCAGGAACCUCACCAACCCCAAUACAGUGAUCAUCCUGAUAGGUAACAAGGCCGACCUGGAGGCCCAGAGAGACGUCACCUACGACGAGGCCAAGCAGUUUGCUGAGGAGAACGGUCUGUUAUUCCUGGAGGCCAGUGCAAAAACCGGUGAAAACGUGGAGGAUGCGUUCCUGGAGGCCGCUAAGAAGAUCUACCAGAACAUCCAGGACGGCAGCCUGGACCUGAACGCCGCUGAGUCGGGGGUCCAGCAUAAGCCCUCGGCCCCGCAGGGGGGCCGGCUCACCAGUGAGCCAACACCCCAGAGGGAAGGCUGUGGCUGCUAAUGGCCGCCGCACCUCUGUUUCUGGCUCCUUCUGUAUAUCUGUAUCACCCCUCUUUCUUUGUCACCCCCCCCCCCCCCCCCCCCCCUCGGACCCUCAGCUGUUCUACCACUGUCUGAGUGGGAGGGGCUCAAGAAGGGGACGAGUUGGUGGCAGGGGGGGUGAAGAUGCUGAAGUGUCAGCGUGUGGACUUUCCGCCUGUUUCAUCUGGCUGUCAGUUGGUCGUCUCCCCCCCCCCCCCACACACACACACACUAUGAACCCACACACACAAUCCCUGGAUCGACUCGCAGCAGUUUCUCUCCAACGUCGUCAUCUCUCUGUGCCCCCCCUGCCCCCACCCCCCCUCCUCCUCUUCCCCUUGCUCCCCCUCCUCUUCCUCACUGAACACUUUUCAGUGUUGUCCGUUAGCUGCCCCCAAGCAUCACAUGCUCUGGUAGCCUGGCAACAUUUGUACCACAGAUCACAUCAACAUGCGACUGGCAGGUUUAACAUAACGAAACCCACCAUUUUUAACCAUCCUUCAUUCUUUUUAUAAUCUAUGCUGAAACACUAGUCUGGCUCAAUAGAUGAGGACCUGUCCUGACCUUUGACCCUUAACCCCUGAACCGAGGCCUGCUAGGGUCAAGCAAGGCCUGUUGAGUCUAUUAUGUCACGGUGAGGAGGACUGCAUUCCUGUUUCAUGUUUAAUUUCUCACUCUGAAAACCUCCCAGGCGGCCGCAUCUAAUUCGGUAUUUAUUUGAUUCGUUACCGGUUGUGUCAUCUGAUUUGGCAAUGCUGGUAUUAUUGUGUGUGUGUGUGUGUGUGUGUGUGUGUGUGUGUGUGUGUGUGUGUGUGUGUGUGUGUGUGGUCAAAUAAGGAAUUCCUUUUUGACUUGGACUUAAAAGACACUUAAGAUUCAAUGUGUUUUUAGUUUUCCAUUUGAAUGAAAGGAUCCACUCUCUCCCCCCGGUCCUCCCCCAGACUACUGUUUAACCAUGGAUCUUAUCAUUGUUGGUUGCCUUAUCAUGACUAAUGUUAACUUCCUGUUUUGAAUGUAAUUUUUUUGCUACACUUUGUCUUUUUAUUGUUAAAUUAACCAACCUUUAUCAAAUUAGGAUUCAUACAUGUAAAAUAAUGCAAUGUUGGCUGUCCCCUAACAAUCUGAGGCCAAACAAGAGAUGAAAUCAAUCACUGUUUAUAUAUAUAUAUGUAUAUAAUCAGUGAUUGAUUUCAUCUCGUUUGGCCUCAGCAGAACCCCAACAAGAAACUUCGGAGGCAUCUGAUUCUAUUUGAAAGUUUUUCCAUGUUCUGUAUAAUAGUGAAUUCUGAUUUGAUGGCUGUAUAUAUAUAUUUGCUUCUUUAAUUAUUGAUGACAAUGCUACUGGGUGGGCGUAGAGAAAGCUGUGGCCUGUACAGUUGUGCCGAGAGGUUGCCUAGAAGUCAUACUUUCAGGAGGGGGUUGGCUACUGUAAAAUAGUUUGUAUGAAUUAAUGUAACAAACAGACUUAAGUGCAACUCAACCAGUUAUUUCCAAACAAUUUGGGUAAAAGUUGGGUGAUAUGCAAAUUAGUAUUUGUCACCUAGUUUGUUUUAUUCUAGUAGGCGGUGACAGGGAAUGUCACGCGUUUCAUGUUUUCCGGGUUUGGUUUGAGUAUUCUGUAUGUCGUAUAAUCCAAUGGAAACUCUCCAUUGCAGUCCUGAAUUGGGACUGUUUUCUGUUCUGGGAGGGGUUAAGUCAACCAUUUAUUUCUACCACCUUUUCAAAACUUCCUGCUUUUCUUUCAAUAGUACAAAAAGUACAUAUGUAUAAAUUGUGACUGGGCUAACAUUUAAAUACAUUCUUGUGUAUAUGAUACAAAAAAUACCUUUUGAUUUUAAUAAUGACAAUAAAAUACUGAAAUACAUGA